UUAUCAUAAUACAAAUUGAAAAAAAAAGGAAGCUAAGAAGAAAACAAAAAAAUUGAUUAGAGGAAGAGGAGAAAAUAGAAUUGAGAAAAGAUGGAGUGAGUGGAAAUGGGGGAGGUUGUAUCAGUGCAACACAACACAAGCUUCUGAAACAAACUACCCCCUUUACCCUACAUCACCUUCUUUUCCAUUAUUUAUUAUUCCCCUUUUCAAACCCUAACGUCACAUCAAUUUCCCUUUUCAUUCAAUUAUCGAAUGCACUAGCAUCUUCCUCCUGAGUCCCUUUCCGAUGGCUUCGUCGGAGAUCGAAGUCGUAUCGACGGAGUCCAAGCCCCAAGACCACCAGCUACCUCUCAUACUCGACGUCUUCACUGCCUCUUCUCACGGCGACUUUCAGAAAUUGAGAACGUUCGUUGAACAAGACGGUGCCUCCGUUUCUGUUCCUGAUGUUAAUGGAUAUUAUGCUCUUCAAUGGGCUUCUCUCAAUAACUUUCACGACAUUGUUCACUAUCUCAUUCAGCAUGGUGGUGAUGUCAAUGCUAAAGACAAUAUGCAACAAACAGCUUUACACUGGGCGGCAGUUCGUGGUUCAAUUGCAGCUGCUGAUGUGCUCUUGGAGAAUGGUGCUCGGGUUGAAGCUUCUGAUAUAAAUGGAUACCGGGCAGUUCAUGUUGCUGCACAGUAUGGACAGACAGCUUUCUUAAAUCACAUUGUUGUAAAAUACCAUGCUGAUUUUGAUGUGCCCGAUAAUGAUGGAAGGAGUCCUCUACAUUGGGCUGCGUAUAAGGGAUAUGCUGAUACAAUAAGAUUGCUUCUAUUUAGAGAUGCGAGUCAAGGAAGACAAGAUAAAGAUGGUUGUACCCCAUUGCAUUGGGCAGCAUUAAGAGGACAUUCAGAGGCGUGCGCUGUGCUUGUGCAUGCUGGAACAAAGGAAGAAUUGAUGGUGAAGGACAAUGCAGGAUUCACUCCUGUACAGCUUGCAUAUGAUAAAGGUCAUCGACAUGUCGCCCCUUUCCUUUCUAAUCAACAACGGGCUCAUAGUAGCCACUGGAGAGGGAAACUUUAUUGUGGGAUGGUGACAGAUAUUGGUUAUGCUCCCAUUUUAUUGUGUAUUAUAGUCUCUCUUUCAAUCCUCUUCAUCAAUUCAGUUGUUGCAGCUCCUAACCUUAAAAAGAUUACAGCUGUUGUUGGAUUUUGGUCAUGGGUAGCUCUCUCUUCAUCUGUUGGUUCCUUGGUUAUGUUUUAUAGGUGUAGUAGACGAGAUCCAGGUUAUAUAAAACGGCCCGGAGACUCGGGUACUCUAAGCGAUUCAGAGGAUCCCUUGUUGAAUAUUGAGCUGAACAGUUCCUCUGUUUGGAUGGGAAACUGGUCUCAACUUUGCCCUACCUGCAAGAUAAUAAGACCUGUCCGAUCUAAGCAUUGCCCUACUUGUAAGCGUUGCGUGGAACAGUUCGACCACCAUUGUCCGUGGAUAUCUAAUUGUGUUGGGAAGAGGAACAAAAGGGAUUUCUUUAUUUUAAUCUGCUUGGGAACUAUAACGUCUUCCGUCAGUGCCGGCAUUGCAGUCCAUAGAAUUUGGACAUCAAUACCAGCAUUACCAGCAGGAGAAACAUGGAUUCAUCAGGUGUUAGUAAGAAAUCCAGGUCUUGUUGCAUUUUUGGUGAUGGACGCCGUUGUCGUCGUUGCAGCUACAACUUUGACAGUAACACAGGCUUCCAUGAUAGCACGGAAUGUGACCACAAACGAACUAGCAAAUUCCUUACGUUAUGAUUAUCUGCGCGGUCCUGAUGGGCGGUUCAGAAAUCCAUAUAAUCAUGGUUGGUGGAAGAACUGUGUUGAUUUUCUUUUUCUGGGCCACACAGAUGAUGAUGAUAUUGCCUGGCCUCCAUUACAGCAGGUGGCUACGUAAAACAGUCUCCAUUGCUGUUAUACAUCAUUUGUUAUAUUAUUACUUGGUUCUAAUUCAGAUAUAUAUCAGUCAUUUGACGGCUGUUUAUUUAUUGACACAUGUACAUUCGAUUACAGCACAAAGUAAUAAAACAACUUUUUCUGGGUUCUCAGUAA